UUUUUUUUUUUUUUUUGUAUUUUUCUUUUUACCCCUCUCUUUACAACAUGAUGGCCUCAACUGUUCGUACUGCUGCCAAGCAAUUGGAUUGGACCAAAUUGUCAGCUUCUCUUCCUCAAGAAACCGCUGCCUCUUUACAAGCUUUCCGAAAGCGAAAUGAAGAAGUCAAGCGUGUUUUGAAUGAAUUGAAGACUCAAUCUACCACCGUGGACUUUGCUCAUUAUCGUUCUGUAUUGAAGAACCAAGCUAUUAUCGAUUCCGCUGAAAAGUCUGUUCAAGGUUUUAAACCCGUUGCUUACAACUUGGAUGCUCAAUUGAAGGCUAUUGAUCAAUUUGAAGCCAAGGCUGUUGAAAAGGCUAAGAAGACUGUCCAACAAAUUGAUGUCGAACUUAAGGAUCUUCAUGCUACUCUUGAAAACAUUCAAGGUUCUCGACCUAUUGAACAACUCACUGUUGACGAUAUCAUUGCUGCCAAACCCGAAAUCAACAAGAAUGUCGAAUCUAUGGUUCAAAAGGGUCAAUACAAUGUUCCUGGUUACAAGGAAAAGUUCGGCGAUAUUUCUUACUUCUAAGUGUAGAGACCGAUUUUGGACUUGGGAUGGUUUUAUAGCAUCAUUGCCUUGUUUUAGAAUAGAUGAAAACUCUUUUUUUUUUGUGUAUCAACAUAUGAAAUAAUAAAAAUGUCAUGAAGUACGAUUUUUUUUUUU